GCAACAUGGUCGCUCAUGACCACAGAUGUUUCCUCAGAGAGAGUCAUCACCUGUGUGGACAUCCAGCGUCUGAGCUGUGACAGCGGAGUGAUCAGCGUGCAGAACGCUGUGUACGGACGCACAGACAGACAGACGUGCAGCGAGGGCCGACCUCAGCAGGAGCUCCUCAACACAGCGUGUUCCCUGCAGGGGACCUUUGACCUCCUGAGGACCAGGUGUGAUGGGAAGAGAGUGUGUGAACUAAACACAAAUGAUGUCCGAACUUCUGAUCCCUGCCUCGGCACCUUUAAAUACCUGGACACAAACUACACCUGUUUCCCAGCAAUUCACCUCAAUAUAUGUGAGAAUUCUGAGGCAAAUCUACACUGUGAGGACGGACAGGUCAUAUUCGUGUACGGAGCUGAUUAUGGACGUCGAGACCGGACGACGUGUUCAUACCGUCGUCCUGAGUCUAAUCUCCAAAAUGUCCUCUGCUCAAGUCCCACGAAGAAAGUGGCUGAAAGCUGUAACGGGAAGAGCAGCUGCAGGGUCAGAGCAGUAAACUCAGUGUUUGGAGACCCGUGUUUCGGUAUCAUCAAAUACCUGGAGGUGUCGUACACGUGUCAAUAUCCUGUGUGAACUCACUGACGUCACUGAUCACUUUCUACUGCAUCUGUCUCACCUUAAUCAAAUCUGUGUAUGAUCACAUCAAGUCUGCUUGAUAUAUAAUAUUUCUCCUCAGAUACUCGACCAUUACUGACAAUAAUCCAUCAGUUCAUUGACCUUCAGCUACAAAGUGUUUAUUCUAAUC